AUGACGGCCCCAGAAAGAUGGCGAUGGCGACUCAAUGUGGUAGGCCGUCGACCAGUCGGGACAAAGGCGUCUGGAGCCAAGUCUCGUAGUGUCCCCUGCUCUCGACUGGGUAGGGACGGGCGGGCAGAGCUGGCCCAAGAGCAUGCCAUCUGCGGUUCGGUUGUUGCGCAUCAAACAGUCCCAGGAGCCGCCUUUGCAGGAAGCAAAGGGGGCGUAUGGUACAUGAAACUCGUUUGGGAUGGGCAGAUGAGAUCCCCAUCGAGCAGGACCCGGGCUAUAUCUGGCACGGAGGACGCACGUACAUACGUACUCCGUAGGUGCUUCGUACCAACGUACCUCACGUACGUAGCUGCUGCCCGCCAACGGGGUGUGCUUCGCACACACACAUGGCAUGGCUGGGUGGGUUGGUCGCCGCAGCCAAUGAGAAGCAGAUUGUCCGGAGCUGGAGAGGUGGGCGAGAUCUGUCCCGUGCAAGUGCGCGAUGCAGUAGCCAGGCCAGGCCGGGGUUGCAACGGCGACGACGCAAGUGCUCGCACAAGCUCCUUAAUCCACGCUUUUCAAAAGGUCUGA